UUUUCCCUUGAGCUAGAAAUGCUGUCGGUUCACUGUUUCAACUUUCUACUUUCAUUUUCUCUUGACAGAAGUGUUGAGUACGCGUUGUUCAACUAGUUAUUCGAGUUCAACUAGUUCUUUUCGCUCGAUGAGCUUUAAAAGGGCUCUGAGGGUUUUGUUCUGUGGUCUGUUAAGGUUUUUUCGAACUUUGACUACUUUGGGUUGGCGUGUUCUUAGUAAACUUCGUUUGAGAUAUACUCGUCCGAUUAUCAUGUCAGGUGAUGAGUGCGAGUUUGACUCCACAUGGGAGGAUGGAGACGAAAAUAAAACACCCAGGAAGAAGAUGUUUCACAGCCACGGAGGGAGUCGCAGGAACAUGUUUGCUGCAAAGGACAUGCAAGCCUUUCGACAUAGUUUCCGGGGCUUGGAUAAUAUUAGUGAUGAUGAUGAUGGUGCUGGAGGACAAGAUAAAGGCCACUUCUAUAACCUAGAAUUUUACCGUGGUAAAUUAAGAUCUUCACCUGAUGAACUUUACAUCAAUGAUUUUCACCAGACGUGGUUGGGUGAAUAUGACUUGCUGGAAGAUGUUCACUCCUACAUUCAAUGGUUGUUUCCAAUACAAGAGCCGGGGGUGAAUUGGAGAGCGCAUGUGCUCUCAAAAAAGGAAAUAAAGCUUUUCCGUAAAGAUAAAGAAGCAAAGAGCAAAUUGGUGCAAUCAUAUAAGCUCAUGUUGGAUUUCUACGGCAUAUGUUUGGUCGAUGAAUCAACAGGAGAGGUGGCUCGUGCUCCUAACUGGGAGGACCGCUUUAGAAACCUGAACAGACAUACACAUAACAACUUGCGCAUCACACGCAUCCUGAAGUGUUUGGGGACUCUAGGAUUGAAGCACUACCAGGCCCCUCUGGUCAAGUUUUUCCUCAAUGAAACUCUUGUCAUGGGACAGCUUCAAAAUGUGAAGCACAGUGCACUAGAUUACUUUAUGUUUGCUGUAUUGGACAAGUCAGAGAGAAGGGAGCUGGUUAAAUUUGCCUUUAAGCAUUUCAAGCCCCGAGAACACUUUGUCUGGGGCCCAAGGAAGAUUCUGUCAGGUCAGGUGGCGCACUGCAAAAACAAAAACUUGGACCAGCCAACAGAGAAUAAUAGUAGUAGUGCAGAAGAUCAGCAGAAAAUGGUGAAUCUCCAUGAGAGCAAACAUAAAAUGAACAAAAUAGACACCAGUCAUCCUCCUAAAGAGAUGCAAAGUAAAAAAGAUCACCAAAAUAAAGAUGAGCCAGUUAUUCCAAACAAAUUGACAGAAACAAAUAGUGAAAAUGAAAAUGAGGGUGUAGUAAAAAAAAAAAAUCAAGAUUUGAGUGUUGGUGUCAGUGAUGGUGAUGAUAAUGAAAACGUAGCACCAGCAAACAAGUCUCAUGGUCAUGGUGCUGUUAGUGGUUCUCACCAAACUGAAGAGAAGAGAAAAAAAGAUCACCAAAAUAAGGAUGAGCCAGUUAUUCCAAACAAAUUGACAGAAACAAAUCAGUGGGCAAAUAAGAGCAGACAGUGUAGCUCAGACAAUGGGGAUGUAGUAAAGCAAAAUCAUGAAAUGAGUGUUGGUGAUGGUGAUGGUGUCGGUGUUAGUGAUAAUAACGAAAACAUAGCACCAGCUAACAAGUCUCAUGGUCAUGAUGCUUUUGUUGGUUCUCACCAAACUAAAGAGGGGUCUUCAUGUCAGGUGCAUGACGUAGAAAUGAAAGAUGAAACUGAAGAUAAAGAAUCAGAAGAUAACCACAAAAGGUUGAAUCCCCAUGAGAGCAAACAUGAAAUUGAAAAAAUAGAGGCUAGUCAUUCUCCUGAAGAGAUGAAAAGUAAAAAAGAUCACCAAAAUAAGAAUGAGCCAGAUAUUCCACACAAAUUGACAGAAGCAAACAGUGUCAGUGUUAGUGACGAUAACGAAAACACAGCACCAGCAAACAUGUCUCAUGGUCAUGAUGCUGCUAGUGCUUCUCACCAAACUAAAGAGGGGUCUUCAUGUCAGGUUCAUAACGUAGAAAUAAAGGAUUAAACUGAAAAUAAACAUGAAAAAUCUGAAAAUGAGCAGUAAAGGGUGAAGCCAGUUAGUCCAAACAAAUUGACAGCAAAAAAAUAUGACUUAUUAGGGAGCAAAUGAGAGCAGUCAGUGCAGCUCAGAAAAUGAAAGUGUAGUAAAGCAACAUAAAGAGAUGAGUGAUUGUGAUGAUAUCGAUUACAUAACAGCAGCAAACAUGUCUCAUGGGGAUGAAAGGAUAGUCUUCACCAGUUUAAAGAAGGGGCUUUUUCUGACAUCUGCCAUAAAAAUGAGGGUGAUUAAUGAAACGUAAUAGGAAAACUUAACAAGCACUGUAAAUGCUAGUCUUAUGAGUUUUCAUAUUUGUUUUUCUAAAUUAAUUCACAGAAAAUAUAUUGGAAUGUUCUUUAUGAAUUAAGUUAAAGUGCUAUUCUUAAAGAUGAAUGUUUUUUUGCUUGUUUAGCAGAUUGUCAGAAGGAAAAAGAAAUAGCAUCAUAAAAGUACAUUUGUCUGUCAUUUUUGUGUAGGAAAUGUAAUAUUAUAUUGAUGUUUUUUUUCUCAUUUUGUUUUUUUAUGGAUUGUAGUGAUGAAUUGUUAAUGUACUGAUAAAUUGUUAACUGCUAAAAAAGUAAAUGUAAACUCUUCACUGACAAAACAUCUUUGACUAAAGCCUGACUGCUUUACAGGAAAUUAAGUAGUGAAAUUGUGAUGAAGCAAAGUUGCACUAUGAAAAUUAGCACCAGUAAAUGUUAGAUUUGUGAGUUUUAUGAUUUUGUCUACUCUGAUGAAUUAUUUUUUGAGAACACUGGAAAUGUCUUUAUGCCUAAAGUUGAAAUGUGAGUUUUGAAAAGUUAAAUAUUUAAUCAUGUAAUUUAGCUAAUAAAAUAAAAAUGCUUAAAUAAAGCCUGUUAUAAACUACACUAAACAUGUCAUGGAAAUCAAAUGAAUAUUAAAGCUGUUUAAAAA